AUGUUGAAACCUAACCAUGAAGCCGAGUCAAUUAAAUCACGGAAUACGUCCGUGUCUAGCGGCAGCACUGAAACAGAGAGCACUGUAUCACGCACUGAAUUACGGUCCCAGCGACUUGCUGGCUCUAUCAAGUCCCGGCUACGAUCGAGGUCGAAUACAAGCGCGCAUAUAGAUCGAGUCUACUCGGCACCUCAUCUUGACAAUCAGGGCGUCUAUUACAGUGACAAUGAGGAAGAUGUCCAGCCAAUAGGCAAUGAGACGUCUGAAGCUGUGCAGGAAGUAAGAGGGGGCAUUGUCAACGAGCGAGAUCUUGAUCUGGAGAGAGGACAGGCGCAGGGAGCUGAACUAGAAAAGUCCGGGACAAUCUCAUGGGAUGGCCCCGAUGACCCCGAUAACCCUAAGAACUGGUCCAGCAGGAAGAAAUGGGCCGCCACCAUCACUGUCUCUUCCUUUACAUUUAUCUCCCCGGUGUCCUCGUCAAUGGUGGCACCCGCUCUGCAGACUAUCACGGCCGACUUCAAUAUUCAAAAUGAAGUUGUUUCCCAGCUCACGCUGUCGAUUUUCGUCUUGGCCUACGCCGUUGGCCCGCUGUUCCUCGGCCCACUCUCUGAAAUAUAUGGCCGAGUCAUAGUGCUGCAACUGGCCAACUUAUUUUACCUCGUCUUCAACAUUGGAUGCGGUGUGUCGCAGACUGCAGUGCAGAUGAUUGUCUGUCGGUUUUUUGCGGGACUGGGUGGGAGUGCUCCGUUGGCUGUAAGUCCCCAUCCACACAUUCCAACGUCUACUCAUUAUCUCCACGGAGUGUGCUUGCUUACAACACAUACCAUAUACCAGGUCGGCGGUGGCGUUCUAUCGGAUUGCUUCCGAGCCGAAGAGCGCGGCAAGAGCAUCGCAAUCUACAGUCUCGCACCACUGCUCGGGCCGGCAGUCGGGCCAAUUGCCGGCGGCUUCAUCGCCGAGAACACCUCCUGGCGCUGGGUCUUCUACGCGACCUCCAUCGCCGACGGAUUUAUUCAGGUGGCCGGGCUGUUCUUCCUGCGCGAGACCUACGGCCCCAAGAUUCUACGGGACCGCGCCCACCGGCUGCGCAAAGACACGGGAGACCAGAGCUACCAAACCGAGACAGAGCGCCAAAACAAAUCCCUGCCACACGUCCUGCGCACAUCGCUGAUCAGACCAUUCCGGCUCCUUCUCACGCAGUCGAUCGUCCAAGUCCUCGCGAUCUACAUGGCCUACGUAUACGGGAUCAUGUACCUCGUCCUCUCGACCUUCCCAACCCUCUGGACCAGUCCCGAAUACUACAAUGAAUCCACUGGAAUCGGCGGCCUAAAUUACAUCUCCCUCGGUGUGGGUUUCUGGCUCGGGUCACAAAUCUGCGCCCCGCUCAACGACCGCAUCUACAGACGCCUCAAAGCAAAAAACAACAACACGGGACGACCCGAGUUCCGCGUGCCGCUCCUCUUCGUCGCGGCAUUACUCCUCCCCGCGGGUCUGUUUAUCUACGGCUGGACCGCGCAAACGCACUGCCACUGGAUCGCGCCGAAUAUCGGGGCGUGCAUCAUCGGCAUGGGUAGUAUCGUCGCAUACCAGUGUCUCCAGACGUAUAUGGUGGAUGCGUACACGCGGUUUGCGGCGAGUGCCCUUGCGGCUACCGCAUGUCUGCGCUCGCUCGCUGGUUUUGGGUUCCCCCUUUUUGCGCCGUAUAUGUACCAAUCACUGCAUUAUGGCUGGGGGAAUAGUGUGCUUGCGUUUGUGGCUAUUGGGAUUGGGAUUCCUGCGCCGCUGCUUUUGUGGAGGUUUGGGGAGUCGUUGCGGAAGCGGAGUACUUAUGCUACUGGGUAG